AUCAUCAUACAACUUGGAUAUUUUUUUGCUGGGUUUACAAUACUCUUUUGCUAGUUAAUAUUAUCCAAUUGUGUUGAUUGUCAGUUUAAGUUCUUCUGUUGUUCUAGUGUUUUCUUGUCUGAUUGACUUUCAUUUAAAACUAUUCUGUGCAAUUCUUGGUCUCUCAAACAUUUAAAUUGAUAAUACCGGCCAACAAUUUGUUGUCAACACUGGUUCGGUCUUCAUCAUGUCGCGUUUCAAUUAUUUAUUAAUUUUUACCCUAACUCUAUCUUUUACAAUUUUAUCAAAUAACAUUCACGCUGAAGAAGUCUCUGAUGCUGUUGAAGGGGAAGAGAUCAGUUUGGAUGCCAACUUAAAGGCUGGCAAAGAAGGAAGUGUCACUGAUGCCCAAGUUGUUGCCAGAGAAGAAGAAGCCAUCAAAUUAGAUGGACUCAAUGUUGCUCAGAUGAAAGAGUUACGAGAGAAGGCUGAAAAACACCAAUUUCAAGCCGAGGUUAACAGAAUGAUGAAUUUAAUCAUCAAUUCACUUUACAGUAACAAAGAAAUUUUCCUUAGAGAAUUAAUUUCCAAUGCUUCAGAUGCGCUGGACAAAAUAAGAGUGCUGGCAUUAACGAUUAAAGAAGCAUUAGAUUCUACUGCUGAAUUAUCAAUCAAAAUUAAAGCAGACAAAGACAAUAAUUUACUGCACAUCAUUGACACUGGAAUUGGUAUGACUAAGAAUGAGCUGAUUAAUAACCUCGGAGUUAUUGCUAAGUCAGGAACUUCAGAGUUCUUGCAAAAAGUUGGGGCCAGUGACGAUAUCUCAACCACUGAACUGACUGAUUUAAUCGGUCAAUUUGGUGUUGGAUUUUACUCAUCUUUCCUUGUUGCUGAUCGAGUUGUUGUCACUUCUAAAUCUAAUGAUGACGCUGAUCAAUACAUCUGGGAAUCAGACUCAGCCUCAUUCACAAUAAACAAAGACCCUCGAGGGCCAACAUUAAAACGUGGAAGUCAAGUUACAUUACACAUCAAGGAAGAGGCAAAAGAUUUUCUUCAAGAAGAAACGCUCAAAGAGCUCAUCAAAAAGUACUCUCAAUUUAUAAAUUAUCCAAUUUAUUUGUGGUCUAGUCGAACUGAAGAGGUUGAAGAGCCAAUUGAUGAUGAAUUAACUCCAGAUGAUGCGGCUGUCAAGGAAGAAGAAAAAGAAAAAGAAUCUAAAGAUGAUGAAGAUGUAAAGGUAGAAGAGGAAAAAGAAGAGAAGAAGCCUAAAACAAAGAAAGUUGAAAAGACUAUCUGGGAAUGGCAAUUAGUAAAUACUGCAAAGCCAAUUUGGACCCGAAAACCCACUGAAAUUACUGAUGAAGAGUAUAAUGAGUUCUACAAAUCAAUAACCAAAGAUUCUCAGGAUCCUUUAGCAAAAACUCAUUUCAUCGCAGAGGGUGAAGUAACAUUUAAAUCACUUCUUUUCAUUCCUACUGUUCAACCUUCUGAAUCAUUCAACCGAUACGGUACCAAAACUGAUAACAUCAAGUUAUAUGUUCGACGAGUUUUUAUCACCGACAACUUCACAGACAUGAUGCCAAGCUAUUUAGCUUUCCUUCGUGGUGUUGUUGAUUCUGAUGAUCUUCCAUUGAACGUUUCUCGAGAAACUCUCCAACAGCACAAGCUUCUUAAAGUAAUAAAGAAAAAAUUGGUUCGUAAAGCUUUAGAUAUGAUUAAAAAAAUAGCUGAAGCUGAUUACGCUAAAUUCUGGGGUGAAUAUGGUACUAACAUUAAACUUGGAAUAAUCGAAGACACUGCUAACAGAGCUCGCUUAGCAAAACUACUGAGAUUCCAAACAUCAGGUCUCGAAAAGGGAAAAAUGGUCUCUCUUGGUGAUUAUGUCAAACGGAUGAAAGAAAAACAGGAACACAUUUAUUACAUGGCCGGUUCUAGCUUCGAAGAAGUAGCUAGCUCUCCAUUUGUUGAACGUCUAUUGAAAAAAGGUUAUGAAGUACUUUACUUGACCGAUCCUGUUGACGAAUAUUGCAUUUCAGCUAUACCUGAAUUUGAAGGUAAAAAAUUCCAAAAUGUUGCAAAGGAUGGUCUUAAAUUGAAUGAAUCUAAAGAAAAACUUGAAGCUUUACAAAAACAAUUCGAGCCUUUAACUAAGUGGUUAGAAGGAACUGCACUUAAAGAAAAAAUUUCCAAAGCUUCAAUCUCUCAGCGACUCCAUGAUUCACCUUGUGCUCUUGUUGCAAGUCAAUUUGGAUGGACAGGUAAUAUGGAAAGAUUAGCCAAAAGCAAUGCUCACUCUAAAAGCAAUGACGUUACUCGUGAAUACUAUUUAUCGCAAAAGAAAGCUCUUGAAAUCAAUCCCAGACAUCCAUUGGUUAAAGAGAUGCUUAGACGUGUAGAAGGUGAUCCUGAUGAUGAAACUGCCAAGAAUAUGGCUGCUCUCAUGUAUGAAACUGCAACCCUUCGAUCUGGUUAUAUGUUAUCUGAUACUCAGUCAUUUGCAUCUCGAGUUGAAAGUUUAUUACGAAAAACAUUAGGAGUUGAUGAAUCUGCUGCAGUCGAAGAAGAUGAUCUAGAGGAAGAGGCACCAGAACCUGUUAAAUUUGAUCAAGAAGAGGAGGAAAAAUUUGAUGAACCUUCAGACGAACACACAGAGCUUUAGAAAUAUGCAUCAAAUAUUUUUUGUUCAUUUGCUAAUUUGUUAUAUUUAUUGUAAUCAUCAAAGAAUCAAACUUUACAUUUCCUCAUCCUUAACCAAACUUGAUUCUUUGAUUUUUCACUAAACCUUCCUGUCACAUUGGUCUUUUUUCAUAAAGAUCGCCCAUUUUUGGUUCAUAUUUAAAUUAAAACAAUUUUUUACAAGUAC